CCGCCAUCUUCUCACUAGUUGCAUAUUUCUUUGUUCGGACUUUUGUCAUUUUGGGAGCUGCUUGUCAUAAUGUGUCCGAUCUGCUCUCCCAUUUCUCCUGCUAUGUAAAGCAUUCUGUUGUAUCAACCGUCCCUUGUGGUCUUUCGCUUACAGUUGUACAAGCUGCCAUUAUAAUUUAUUUACACGAAGAUCCUUUCUAAAUAAUUACAGGCUCUCAGCCAUGGAGCAGGAAGGGGAUGCAUCCAGCUCAAGUGCGGACAGCACUCAUAUCGUGACUGAUCCGUCCUCAACGAGCGUCGAUUGUCGCCCUCGUCGAGAAUACGUUCCCUACAGACCGGAGGGCAACAACAACGGUGCUGCUACUAAAUCUCCAAGAGAAGUCGUCGACCCUGCGAUUCUUCCAGGGGGCAAAAAGUCUUUAGCUGGGAUAUCCAUCCGUUCCUUUGUGCUGGGCCAGGUUUUUGGUCUCUGCAUCGUCCUAACCUUCUUUCUCCUCAAAUCGUCCAACCCGCUGUGGCGAGGUCCUUUCUUCCUCACAUCUCUCAGCCUUUUCCAUUUCCUCGAAUACUAUAUUACUGCACGAUAUAGUACACCCUAUGCGUCAAUCUCGGCUUUCCUGCUCUCCUCGAACGGUGCAGCUUAUAAUCUUGCGCAUACUUCUGCUAUGGCAGAAUGUUUACUUAACCGCUUAGUUCUACCUGAAGGGUACGUUAAAAAGGCAUCUCUGAUAUUUGGCGGCCCUAAAAUGCAAAUUGGAUUCGGAUUGGCCUUUAUGGCGGUGGGCCAGGUCGUCAGGUCGUUAGCAAUGGUUCAGGCUGGGACAAAUUUCACCCACACGGUCCAAUCCAGACGGAGACAAGGGCACACGCUGGUCAAAGAUGGUAUUUACCGUAUCCUCCGACACCCAAGUUACUUUGGAUUUUUCUGGUGGGGUUUAGGAACUCAGUUGGUUCUGGGAAACGUUGUUUGUUUCUUCGCUUAUGUUAUCGUACUCUGGAAGUUUUUUUCUAGUCGUAUCCAAAGAGAAGAGAAAUUUUUGAUUGGCUUUUUCGGCAAGGAGUAUAUUGAAUAUCGGGAAACGACGAUGGUUGCAAUCCCCUUUAUUCCCUGAAAUCGAAUGGUAGCUAGCUACGUUGGUGACCACAAUGGUGGCACCGGAUUUAACCUUUUCAGUUGAGGGAAAAUGGUAUCUUGACUCAAAAACAUGCUCCAUUGGCAUUAGCUAUUUAUGAGCCAUCUUAUCCCUUACGACCACUUACUGUUUAUCUAUUUGUUUUGAGUCGCGAUUUUCCCGUUUAAUUCCUGUUAUUUGUAAAAACCACUGUUUCAUCGUGGCACAAUUUAGCCAUUUCCAAGGACCGCCGUAUCCUGCUUUAUCUGUUUGCUAUCAUUGAUGCUCUGAAUGACAAUGAGUGAAUCUAGCGGAUCCGUCUCGCGAACUCUUGAAGUCU